AAUUCGUAAGCAAGGUGAUCAGCGAAGAAGCCGCUAACCUAAAAUUGUUUGAAACAUUAUCUACAUUUUUCUUUUCUUUUUUACAUUGAAAUAUUAAGACCCGAAUAUUCUUUGAAUUUGUAAUAUGAGCAAAACAAUUUUCUACUUUUUAAUGUUUCCUUUUAUAAAACAUAGAGCAAUCAUUAUUAUAUUAUAAAAUAUAAUAUUUUAUAUAUGAAGUAAGACGCAAUUAUGUCUGAAGGAAAAGAGGACUUUGAUGUUAAUCAAGUUUUUGAAAAUCUAUUAUUUGCGGAAGAACAAGCACAAAAAUCUGGUUACACAGAUGGAUAUGAAAGUGGCCAAAACAAAUUAUUGAAAGGAUAUCAUCUUGGAUAUCACAGAGCUAGUUUAGUAGCUGCUCAGUUAGGAUAUUAUUGUGGUGUUAUAGAGCAGUAUUUACAUAGCAAUAAAAGUGCUAAUGAGAAAGUUAUAUCAUUGGCCAAUGAAAUUUUAGAAAAUAUUCAUCAUUUUCCUAAACAUAACGACAAUACUACGGAUAUUUUAAAAACUUUAGAAAAUAUUAAAUUCAAGUAUGUUAAAUUUUGCUCCUUAGCAAAAUUAAAUCCUGUAUAUCCUGAAACUAACAAACUUGCAUUUUAA